AUGACAUCUCUUGAGACCAUAGAUGACUGCAAAGACGAAGACAGACAACAGUCAAAGAUUUACGCGAAGAACUCAAUGGACAGAUUCGGUGAUGAUUUGUAUGAAGUAUUACUGUCUUAUCUCUCACUCGAAGACCGAUUCCGUUGCGAAUGUGUGUCCAAACGGUUCCAGAGGACAGUCUUUGGGAGUGUUGUGGACAUCACUCUUAGCGAUAGAUUUAUACAGAUAUUCCUGAAUGCGAAGAGAAGUGACGUUCAAAUGUUGGCCACAAUUGCCAUAAAGAUUCAAUCAUUUCACUACUUAACAGACUAUACAAACGAUACACUGUUUGGCAAUAAUUUGCAUACAUUUGUGUUGAGAUCGCAUUUGGUUUCUUUUAACCACCGCUGGUCUGCAUUUGUGUCACAGAAUCAGUCGCUCCAGUGUUUGGUCUUAAAGGCGUAUUAUUUUACAAAUCCUAUACCUGUGACCGAAAUGUGCGGACAAUUGUCACGAUUAUCUCAAUUACGGGAACUGAAACUCGGGUUAGUGUCUCAAGAACUACUGGACGGCCAGAUGUCCGCAACGGUGAACCAGUGUUUGCGUACAAUUGGUGUGAAUUGCAAACGAUUGAAACGAUUGUCACUUCAAUUGAACUCUCCGACUACAGCAGUACUUCAGCUAUCAUUAGAUUCGUUAAGAGUUUAUCGCCGACUAAAACGAUUACAUAUAACAGCGAAUGUGGCCAUCGAUGACCAGUUAUUGGAUCCGUUGAGACAUUGCAAAAGAUUAACGCAUUUAGAGCUGUGUUUAUGGCGUAUGAAACCAAAUGUGUUGAAAGAUAUGCACAUAAAGUGUCCGCGACUUCAAUGUCUAUUAAUUGAUAUGGCACAACACAUGAAACGCUUGAAGACAUCACUCGAGACCACAGAUGACAGCAAUCGAGACCACAUUCAACACCCAAUGAUUUACGCGAAGAACUCAAUGGACAGAUUCGGUGAUGAUUUGUGUGCACUUAUAGUGUCUUAUCUCUCACUCGAAGACCGAUUCCGUUACGAAUGUGUGUCUAAACAGUUCCAGAGGACUGUCUUCGGGAGUGUUGUGGACAUCACUCUUAACGUGCGAUUCAUAUGGAGAUUAAUGAAUGCGAAGAGAAGUGACGUUCAAAUGUUGGCCACAAUUGCCAUAAAGUGUCCGAAGAUUGAGACCAUUGACUGUCGAGGAAUAAUGACUGCAAACGAGAGUUUCAUUCCCGAAAUGUUGUACUUAUUUCGUGACUAUUGCCGACAUUUGAGGGAAAUUUACUGCGAUUUGUGGGAAAACAAUGACCAAAGUAUGCGCUCAUUGGCGCCACUCAUCACACGAAUCGGUGGUAACGUUAGGGCACUGCCAGACAGACAAUGGCUGACUCUGUUCUACCGAUUGUCACACUUGAGGGUCGACUCUAUUGACAAAGUCUUUGACAAAUCAAACGGCAAAUUGUUGGCCAAGAAUUUGCGUAACUUUGUGUUAUUAACGCAUUCACAAUACUAUAACCAUCGCUGGCCGGCAUUUGUGGCCGCGAAUCAGUGCCUCCAGAGUCUGGCCGUAAAGAGUUGUCACUUUGUUUCUAAACAAUCGGUGCGCGAAAUGUGCGGACAAUUGUCACGAUUAACGCAAUUACGGGAACUGACACUCGGGUUGACGUUGCGGUUAACGGACGGCAACAAUAUCUCAGUACUGAACGUGUUUUUGCGUAAAAUUGCCGCGAAUUGCAAACAAUUGCAACGAUUGUCACUCGAGUGGUCGUCACUGCCUAACGAACCGCUGUUUACGUUGGAUUCGUUGCGUGUCUUUCGCCAAAUGAAACGCUUCCGUUUAAAGACCAAUGCGGCCAUCGAUGACCACCUGUUGGAACCGCUGACUCACUGCAAGACAUUAACGCAUUUAGAGUUGGAUUUACAGCGAAUGACACCAAAUGUGUUGACAGAUUUGCAUCAAUACUGUCCACAACUUCAAUACCUAUACAUUCAUGACAUGAAUAGCAUUAUAGACACCGAGUGUUUGGAUCAGAUCUCAAGACUACCGGCGCUGCGAAAGUUUGUCAUUAAAAGGCGCCGUAAGACGACUUUCAGUGAUAAUACUGUUCAGAAGUUUUUGUCGAGAAGUCCUAAACUGGUGUCCAUUAAAAUUAUGUAA